AUGAUCGACUCAAGUGACGGCAGGCCAAUUGCCACCAUCACUCACAUGCCCAGACCGACUUCACCUGCCGCAUUCGCCCACCCGUAUUACAGUCCCGAAGAGUUUGCAGAAUUGAAGGACACAUUCGAUCGCGUCUGCGCAGGAAGGAGACACAAGGGCAGGCGUGCCUUUUCCCUCGACCAGUACUUUGGUUUCUUCAACGUCACCGACACCCAGAAAGGUGGGCCUUACGUCAACAGUGUGGAAGGGAAGUUCCGAGCGCAUGAUCUCGACGGCGACGGAAUGUUGACGUUUGACGAGAUCCAGCUGGUCUGUGAUGCAGAUGGAUCAACAGCAGACGAGCGCCGGUCGCGGACCAUCUACAGCCUUAUCUUCGGGGAUACUCAUCACCCUCUGGAAGCCCAUAUUCUCCGCAACGUCCCAGGCUAUCUUGGUUCACUGGUCGCCUGCCUUCGCCAGUAA